AUGGUCCGAUUCCAUUUCUUUCGUCCACCUCUACCUCCACCUAAUGCAAGUUCAGAUGGAGGUGCAAAUUCAGCUGGAGGUGCAAGUGCUGCUAAAGAUGCUAGUGUUGCUGGAGAUGCUAGUGCAGAUGGAGAUGCAACUGAAGCUGUCAUAAAAGUGACAGAAACACAUAGCAAUAAGCGUAAAACCCCUGAAGAUGCAACUGAAGAUGACACAGAAGUGAGUCAAGUGACAGAACCAAAGGGAAAGAAACGUUCUGAUGUGUGGAACCACUUUGAUAUGGACCCCAAGCCUUCGAAAUAUGCAAAAUGUCGCCACUGUAAGACAAAGAUUGCAGCUCAGGGUACCAAGUAUGGGACAGGUUACCAUUACAACCUCCUGUGGAAUACCCAAUUUCUACACAUGCAAAGUGUAUUCACUGUAACAAACUAA